UUACAGACACUCCUGAGACGGUACAAACCCUCAGUGCAGACAUGGCUGAGUCCCCUGCGCAGACUCUUACUGCAGACGCAGCUGAAUCAACGGCAACAGUCACUGCAGACGCAGCUGAAUCAACGGCAACAGUCACUGCAGACGCAGCUGAAUCAACGGCAACAGUCACUGCAGACGCAGCUGAAUCAACGACAACAGUCACUGCAGACGCAGCUGAAUCAACGGCAACAGUCACUGCAGACGCAGCUGAAUCAACGGCAACAGUCACUGCAGACGCAGCUGAAUCAACGACAACAGUCACUGCAGACGCAGCUGAAUCAACGGCGACAGUCACUGCAGACGCAGCUGAAUCAACGGCAACAGUCACUGCAGACGCAGCUGAAGCAACAGUCACUGCAGACGCAGCUGAAUCAACGACAACAGUCACUGCAGACGCAGCUGAAGCAACAGUCACUGCAGAUGUGGCAGAGCCUGCACAGCCCCUCACUGUAGACACAAAGGAGACCGAUACAGAUGAGCCUUUGCCGACCCUCAUAGAAAAAACAGCAGAACUUGCGUCGACAUUCUCCGCAAACGCAGUGGAGCCUGCGCAGACCCUUGCUGCAG